AUGGCCAUGGCAGGGCUGAUUCUGUUAGCGUUGAAACCUCAUGCAGCAGGGAGACAGCUAGUUAAAAGCAGCCGAAGGCCAAUGAGACAGUCGAUACUGGUGUGCGUGAGUUGGUGGCUUCGUCUUCAUCCUGAUUUUUCUCUUGCAUCGGGGGCCGAAGCCGUCGUAACUAUGGACCCAGCUGUGCGGACGGACGAAGGAUAA